UUUAACCUGCAGGACACCUGGAGGAGCGCGGGGGCUGCAGCCGGACGUCUCUGACUUGAAGGAAUUUUGAAACUGAGGAACAUAAAGGAGUGAAGACGAGCUCCUGGAUGUCUUUUGGCCCGCGGGGAUUUUUUUUUCCCCCCGUUCCCCAAGGUGUCAUCACCUGGAUUGUCUCCUGAGACUUUUCUUCUUCUUCGUGGAAAGUUUGAGAAAGGACAUUAAGUGAAUUGAUUUUUCUUCCUGUUAUCUUUUUCCGUGUGGGACAGACACUGUGGGAAAACAUGUUGUGCUCCAGGAGAGUCCUGCAGCAGUGGUGCUUUGCUCUUUUCCUGCUCUGCUCUCCGGUGCCGCACUUCGGACGUCCGAUUGAUGCCCUGAGCAGCAGAAUAAAGCGCUCGGUGACUCACGCUCAGCUGAUGCACGACAAAGGUCGGACGCUGCAGGACUUUAAGCGUCGCAUGUGGCUGCAGGAGCUUUUGGAUGAAGUCCACACGGCGGAGAUCCGCGACCUUCCCGUCCGGACCACCGGAGGAGGCGGAAGCAGCAGUGGCGCCGGCGUCGGGCUGCCUGGGGUCAGCCUGGGCAUCAACCUGAGCACCACCGGCAGCACCCUGCACUCCAAACCGCCCGGAGGAACCAAGAACCUCCCCAUCACCUUCAGGCUGGAGGAGGAGGAGGGCACCAACCUGCCGCAGGAGACCAACAAGUCUCAGACAUACAAAGACGGCGUCCUCAAAGCGCCCGGCAAGAAGAAGAAGAAAGGGAGGUCCGGGAAGAGGAGGGAAGGAGAGAAGAGGAAGAGGAGGGCACGUUCACUGGGGUGGAGGCUGGAGGACGAACCCGGGAGUGGACUCCACCUGGAGUGGAGGUCUCUGCUCGGCCUGCAGAGGGCGCUGCUUUAAACGCUGUCAGUCUCUGACAAAGAAACCUACGGACAGUUGGAGUGG